CCGACUGCAACAGGGACGCGCACUGCCGCCGCGCCUCGCGCCUUCCCUCGGCCCGCGUCCACCUCCCGUGGCUCCGGCACCAAAUGAAACUGGCCGCGAUGAUCAAGAAGCUAUGUCCGAGCGACUCAGAGCUGAGUAUCCCGGCCAAGAACUGCUACCGUAUGGUCAUCCUUGGUUCGUCCAAGGUGGGCAAGACGGCCAUCGUGUCGCGCUUCCUCACGGGCCGCUUCGAGGACACCUACACGCCCACCAUCGAGGACUUCCACCGCAAAUUCUAUUCCAUCCGCGGUGAGGUCUACCAGCUGGACAUCCUCGACACGUCCGGCAACCACCCGUUCCCCGCCAUGCGGCGCCUCUCCAUCCUCACUGGGGACGUCUUCAUCCUAGUGUUCAGCCUAGACAACCGCGACUCCUUCGAGGAGGUGCAGCGGCUUAAGCAGCAGAUCCUCGACACGAAGUCUUGCCUCAAGAACAAAACCAAGGAGAACGUGGACGUGCCCGUGGUCAUCUGCGGCAACAAGGGGGACCGGGACUUCUACCGGGAAGUGGGGCAGCGCGAGAUCGAGCAGCUGGUGGGGGACGACCCCCAGCGCUGCGCCUACUUCGAGAUCUCGGCCAAGAAGAACAGCAGCCUAGACCAGAUGUUCCGGGCGCUCUUCGCCAUGGCCAAGCUGCCCAGCGAGAUGAGUCCGGACCUGCACCGCAAGGUGUCGGUGCAGUACUGCGACGUGCUGCACAAGGGGCUGCGCGGCAAAAAGCUGCUGCGCGCCAGCGGCGACCCCGGCGAAGCCGUCGGCAUCGUGGCGCCCUUCGCCCGCAGGCCCAGCGUGCACAGCGACCUCAUGUACAUCCGCGAGAAGGCCAGUGGUGGUGGCCAAGCCAAGGACAAGGAGCGCUGCAUCAUCAGCUAGGAGCCCCAGCUGCGCCGGCCACCAAACACACGGAGAACCUUUUUGUUUAAAAGUGAAAUCCGCGGCUCCAGCCAGCACGCGCGCCCACGGCUCCAAGAUGCCGGGGAUGCGCGGGCGCCUCCAGAAGUCCCCGCCAUCUGCUCUGGAAGGACUGAACGGCCCCGACUGGGCUCGCCGCAGCCCCGACUGGGGGAGCGCGAGCCCAGGGGAGGGGGGUGUGCUCGCCCGAGGAUGAGAGCAGGCUGGGGAUGCGACAGGGAAGUUAGGCAGAAUCCUGCCCUGGGCUCGAGGAGGGUGGGAGGCCACAGGGGCAUUAUCUUGUCUGGGGUCUGGGUUGUCAUCACAGCUGGUGAAAGCUUUUGCCCUUCAGAAGCCAAUUGGUGGCUUUGGACAACUCUGACCCAAGCGACUUGUUUACACGUGUGUGUGAAAUUGUUGACGGGAGAAAAUAACAAACCAUGCAUUUUGCACUUUAAGUUCUGGUGUCAUGAACAAAAUCCUACCCGGGUGUUUAUAUACUGUGUGUGUGAGACCAUCUUUAAAGUGUUCGUUGUGUUUUGUUUUUCUAAAUAUAAAACAAAUAAUUUAAA